AUGAAUCCCCUGAGAACAACAACACCGCGAAUUGCUGGACACCGGGGCUUCAGUGCUGGUGCUCCGGAAAAUACGCUCGCUGCAUUUCGAAAGGCUGUAGAGGUUGGCGGAAAGGGCGUCACAUGUGAAACUGACCUUGCUCUUACGAGUGACGGCGAGCUCAUCUUAAUCCACGACGAAACCGUGGACCGAACCACUGACGGCCACGGCCUUGUCCGUAACAUGACCUACGCAGAGAUUGAGAAGCUGGAUGCAGGUAGUUGGUUUGACAAGAAGUUUGCUGGAGAGCAGAUCCCGCGUCUUAGCGAUGCCCUCAGUCUGGCGCGAGAACUUGGAAUCAUCUACCAGCUCGAACUCAAGAUUUACGACCAGAACGACCUCAUCUUCGCCAAGCUUAGAGCUUUGAUCGACGAGCUGCAGUGCGCAGACCUGCUUCAGUUCUCCUCCUUCGACUUUGUCCAACUUCAAGCAAUCAAAAAAAUCGUUCCAGAGGUCCCGACGGUGGGAAUUUCUCAUUCGCGGCUCAUCGACCCUGCCGCCAUAGCGCGGGAAGCAAAUCUAGAUGCAGUCAAUCUUGAGAUUCAGCAUUUCCCCAGUGGCGAGGCUUACCAGCUCCACGAGGGAGGCUUUGCUGUCUUUUUGCACAUUCCGUCUCCAGCGAGGCUCGAGGCACUCAAGAAAUAUGGCGUGGAUGUAGAGGCCCAAGCUGUCAAUUGGGUGCGAGAAGGAUUGCUAGAUCAACUUAUAAGUGAUGAUGUGGCCCAGGUUGCGAGGAUUUUGAGCGAUGCUCGUGCACUGCAUGAUUGA